CCCGGAUCCCGGAGGUGAGCGUCGGAGCCGGAGCCGGGCCGGGCAGCGAGCCCUGCCAGGACAGCCCCGAAAACAGCCCCGUUGGCCCCUUCUUGCGAGAUGGCCUCUGCCAAUGAUGCCCACCACCCCCAGAAAGAUGCCGCGGACCAAAACUUUGACUACAUGUUCAAGCUGCUCAUCAUUGGCAACAGCAGUGUGGGGAAGACGUCCUUCCUUUUCCGCUAUGCAGAUGACUCCUUCACCUCAGCCUUUGUCAGCACGGUGGGCAUCGACUUCAAGGUCAAAACCGUCUACCGGAAUGAGAAACGGGUCAAGUUGCAGAUCUGGGAUACCGCAGGACAGGAGCGUUACCGGACUAUCACCACGGCGUACUACCGAGGGGCCAUGGGCUUCUUGCUGAUGUAUGACAUUUCCAACCAGGAAUCUUUCAAUGCCGUCCAGGACUGGGCAACACAGAUAAAGACUUACUCUUGGGAUAAUGCCCAAGUGAUUCUCAUAGGGAAUAAGUGUGACCUGGAAGAUGCGCGGGUGGUCCCCACAGAGGAUGGAAAGCGACUUGCUGAUGAUCUAGGCUUUGAGUUUUUUGAAGCGAGUGCCAAGGAUAAUAUCAAUGUGAAGCAGGUUUUUGAGCGCCUGGUGGACAUUAUAUGCGAGAAGAUGAAUGAGAGCCUGGAUGCCAACUCCACAAUGGUCAGCAACAACAAAAGCCCCUCCCUCAGCGAGACCCCACCUCCUCAGGCAAGCAGCUGUGCCUGCUAGAUAACAACUUGAACUUUCAACCUCACCGCUUCACCCAUCGUGCUUUCUUGUCAUACAGCAGGAGCAGUGAAGGCCUAAAGAAAAAAAAAAUCUAUCUUUUAGCCAGUAAAGAUGUCUUGAAUCCAAAAUUCUCUUCUUGCCACUCUCUCCUCUUUGGGUGGGGUCGGGAAGGGUGGUCCUCCAUUUAGUUACUUAUGACAGUAGCACUGGAUUUCCCUGCAGGCAACUCCUUGUGAAGUAUUAGAACUAAGCACGAGGUCUCAGAGAUUCAGCAUUCCUCGUCAGCAUUUAUGUUUUUCACUCCCUCUAGCAUGAUUCAUUUUCACUUGUGGUCUUGCAACUGAGGUUUGGCAACUAGCUUGUUUAAAAACGGAGGCAAUGGGAGAAGGGAAGAAACAGAGAGACACAUCUUGCAGUCACUUUAGUGUAAUGAGAUUCGCCUCCAACAAAGCAGCUGCCGAUGGAGGCUCCUCCUAUUUCUGUUGUUAGCAAAAGGGCUUAGGACCCCUGGGAGAAUUCAGGGCAAUGCUCUCAAGCAGCUCCCCUGGCCUACUCCCCCCCAUCCCCACAACUUCUGGAGUCCUCUAAACUACAGAGGCAGAAGUCCUAGUUGUUUCCCACCCAAGUCUGAGUUUAGGCCCCAGAUUAGAUAGGAGGGAAGCUUGCAUUGGAGCUCUCCGUUGCUGCCUUGGUGAGAGAGCAUUCCAUUGGCCAUGGGCUCUCUGUCCUUUAAAUUGCAGCUAAAAUAUUACCCUCACGGGCAGGAGCUGCAUGAAUAAUCAUCCCAGACAUCUUAUACCAUUAUGCAAAUCUACAGGAUGAAAAAUUACAGUUUUCUUGGAAGGGGAAGCUUAUGGCAAGAGCAGAGCAUCUGGCUUCAAGCCAAGAAAUCAGCCUAGUUUAUCCACAAACACUGGGAAUUCAAUCCUUCCCACAAACAACAGGAAUUCAACCCUUGUCCAUUUCCUAUUUCUACUCUUGUCAAAAGCCUUCCCUGAUUCACUGACGUGAGUGUUCAGCAAACUUAGAAUGAGUCCAGCCUGCUGAACUGGGAUGUUUAUUUUCUUCCACCUUUUUCCACGGUUGUAAAGCUAUGAGUUCAGUGUGAUCCUUUUUUACUCUUCCUCCAUCUUCAGUGCUUGCCAUUGCCUAAGAGCGUUGCAAUAAACCUUUUUCUAGAGCACGUUUUGGGAUAACCCUUCCUCCUGAAUAGAAAUGUAUAUAAGAUGCAGGCAUCCGUGGUAAAAUUGGCAUUUUUAUAGGGAAAAAUGAUUUCCCCAACUUGACCCCCAAAGUGCCUUUUAAAUGAUCAGAAGGGCCGCCUGUUUGUUUUCUUGUCAUAUUACAGUUCCGUGCCUUUGCAAAGGAAAAAAAACGAUGUCUUCUUACUUCAUUUUUGUUCAACCCUUGUCUGUCAGCAUUCCACAUGAUUGGGGGAAAAGUUAAAUGUUUCCUUUAUGGAUGUGAUUUAUUUUGGAAUUAUGGCGGGGGGGGAGGGGGAGAAAGGGGAAAAUUCAAGACACUGUGUACCAUAUAUAAUUAUUGAAUUCUCUGUUUAACUUUUUGUUUAAAGCAAAAUGGAUCUUAUUUAACUUGAAACACAGGAAGUAACAUUUUAAAUGCAUUGUCUGUCUCUGCAUACUGCUUUAAAAAUCCCUUUGAGGACUUUUGGGCAACAGACAGGUUGUUUUGGUCACCUUUGCAUCCUCAAAAAGGAACUGUUCCGAUAAUGUGCCUUGCUCAUUAUAUAUUUGCAAUUCCGAGGGAGUUUUUAAGUUAACGAGAUUAGGUCUGAUUAGAGAAAAUUUCAUCGAUAGGCAUGGUCCUGAUCAAUGUGAGGAACUUUGAUUUAUUUUGAAAUUAAAAUUUAAAUAUCUGCCCUGCCCUAUAUUCAGCUGGCAUCUGGGGAAAGAGGGUCAGGAAUUUGGAAAAGGUUACAACCAAGAGAUGGAGUUGGAGUGGGAGAAUUAUUUCUAAGGAAACUUUAGAAGUGGUUGGCAAAUGAUGUAGAAGAUGUUUUGUCACCUAGGGAGAAGGCAGGCUGUUUGGGGUCUUGUCUGUUUAUUCAUUUUCUAGAUGCGGCAUACAUACCUAUAUUUCAAAUAUUUUAAACACCUAAUACAUUGACAUAGACCAAGGGAAUGGAAACUUAGAUUAUAUUACAAGUGACCUUGUGCGCUGAUUUAACCAAAACAUUGGGCUGUUACUUAUGCCUUCUUUAGAUGCCCCAUCUAUUUGCAGAGACCCCCUCAGCUACAUUUUCACAACUGCUAUUAUGGCAUAUUUUAAACCCUGCUAAAUAGUUUCAGCUUACACUUACCCAAGAAUAACAGUUUCUGGAGUAAAUCACCAGGUUUGCUGUUCUCCUGUUGGAAUUGAAUGGUGUAAUGCUAAGAUGGGCUGAGUUGUUGGGGAAAAGGAACAGUUAAGGUUUUCUAGGUUAAGGUUUAGCAGGCCUUAAUGACAAAUUUUUAAUUGUCAGGAAUUGGUAGUGGUUUCCCUCUUCGUACUGUGGUCUGUAUUUUGACCUAUUAAAUCAGUAGAGCAAUCGUCCCUAAGGGAAAGACAUAAUUUAGCUGCAGAACAGAGAUGCUUUUUCUGGAGGGAUUUUUGAGCUAAACAGUCUUAUUUGUCAUAGUGUUCAUGUAGAAAAUUGGGCUUUAAAUGUCCCCCAGGUCCACUAUGCUGUUUGCAACAGUUUACCCAUUUUGAGAAAAGUUUGAAGUUGUAGGAGAAUUGUCUCAUCAUCAGAUAUCAAAACUCGAUUCGUUUUAAGUAGAAAAAUAGUUUUUUUUUUAAAAAAAGCAUGAUUUCCAAAUAAAGAAAUGCUUUCGAGAUCUGAACCAGAUACCUCCCAUAAUACGACAAGAGAGCUGGGCUCAUCCAUUUUACAUCUGAAAAAUUCACGUGAAACAGACUUGUAGGUUUUCUUUUUUGAGAUUUUGAAAGUACAUGCAACUCAAGAGAUUUUGCUGUGGUAUGUGAUACAGUCCUGGAGAACUUGUAUUUGUCUUUGCCUUAUUACUGUUGGCUGCCUGGUUGCCUAUAAAUGCCUUUGGUAGGGAUUUCUGACGUUACUGAGAGAGAUUUUGCUGUGGUAUGUGAUUACAGUACUGGUGAACUUGUAUUUGUCUUUGCCUUAUUACUGUUGCCUGCCUAGAUGCCUAUAAAUGCCUUUGGUAGGGAUUUCUGACUUACUGAGGUUGUCCAUUCUGCUGCUUUUUCCUGCCAUUUCAACUCAUUUCAAAGUUGCCAUAACUGUGCUGUUCUAAAAAUCAAAUGUUGGCUAAAUCAUGCUUCUGAAUGUUUAUACUCCCAAGCGCUUAGUACAGUGCUCUGUACACGGGCACUCGAUUGAUCUGAUAAUUUUGCGAACCUCAGAGACACUACUGGAUGCUACUUUAUGUCAUGUAAUUUAUAUUGUUAUAUGUAGUUCUUAAAUGUAAAGAAUACUGAGAAGAAAAUUCCUUUGAAAAUGUUAAAGUCAAUAUGCAGAAAAA